AACUAGCUGCACUCGGCCAUUUUGUUGGUGAAGCCAGUACAGAGCUUUCGGGCUUGUCUUGCUGGUUUGCAGUUCGGCUUUUUAUCUUCUUGUCUGUUUUAUUGCUGCAGAUCAACAAGGACGGCAUCAACGCGCCGAGACAUUUCAUCUCAACACAGUUGUCGUACUAAUAUCGCAUGUCCACUAUCCAGAACCUCCAAUCUUUCGAUCCCUUUGCUGAUGCAACUAAGGGUGACGACUUACUCCCGGCAGGGACUGAAGAAUACAUUCACAUAAGGAUCCAACAACGUAACGGCCGUAAAACGCUGACUACUGUUCAGGGAAUUGCAGAUGACUACGAUAAAAAGAAACUCGUAAAAGCUUUCAAAAAGAAAUUUGCUUGUAAUGGUACUGUGAUUGAACAUCCUGAAUACGGUGAAGUGAUCCAGCUUCAAGGUGAUCAGAGAAAGAACAUUUGCCAGUUCCUCCUUGAGGUCGGCAUUGUCAAAGAGGAGCAACUGAAGGUUCAUGGAUUUUAAAACUAUGCAAAUGUUUUUGCAGUAAAGAUUUUUCUUCAGGACUGGCCAACAGAAUAUACUGAACAAAAAUAAAUAAAUAAACAAACAACACCAUUUGCCAAAUUGUAAACAUACUGUAGGUUCAUCCUCUAGGAGAGCUAUCAUCCAGCCAGGGGUGACUGAAAGCUGUGAUUUAUAUUUGGGUUCUGCAACACUGUCUGCCCUUUGUAGGAGUUAUGUGUCUUCACCAGCAAUCUGAGUAGGUUAAACUGAAAGCUUUGCGGAUUAGCCAUGCCACAUUGGAGAAGCUUGCUCACAAGUGAACGUAACCGUGCACUUGGCAUUCUGAAAAAUGGUCAUGUGCAGCAUCCAUGUGCCACCCCAGUGAAGGCGCACAAAUACCCUGUGACUGCUUCCAGGAAGCAGAGAUUGGCAGCAGGCCUGAACACACAACUUUGCAUAGCUACUCAAAGCCGUGUAUCUCCACAGAUGGUGCUAAACAGACUGAGACAAGCUAGACUACUGGCAAAGAGACCUGUAAAGUAUUCCUCAAGAUGCAUGUCACUUCCUGCCAAACAGAAGUGUCCUGCCAUGGCCAGAGCUAUCUCCUGACUUGUUCCCACUGGAGAGAAUUAGAUGCCAUCCUCACUUCUCCACACUCUGAGACAAACCCUGCAGGUGGAGUGACAUGCCAUUCCUCUUUGUUGGGUCCAGGGACUCGUCAAAAGAAUGUGAUGUUGCUGCUCAGCUCAGUUAUUUCAACUGCAAGUGGGACUUCCAGAACACCCUGGUGACUGAAAUACUAUUGCAGUUGGCAGAGCAAUAGAGCUUAUGUUUUGAACUACUUGGUAAAAUGAAUGUUUUCAUAUGUUGCACACAGCAAUAAACUUACAUUUGAUAGUCAGUACAUACAAAUGCGAAAUUGAGUGUUGCUAAACUUUUUUUUUUUUUUUUUUUGUUCAGUAUAUUUUGGCUAUAUCAAACCUGUGAACAUUUGGUGUUUGACACCCAGUGUGCAUGACUAUGGAAGAUGUGUUUCUUGUAGGCCGGUAAUGGAUAAGAACUGCAGUAAGAUGGGCACUUGAACUAGCCCCUCCUCUUUUUUUUUUUGUUUUUAUAAGCCAUGUUUUAGUCCUGACUUUAAUUUCCACCCUUUUUAUUUUUAUGUGUUGAACCCUGUGCUGUAUAAACAAAUUUACAAAUAAAGUCAGGUGUGAAUUA